AUGAUUUUCCUGGCCCCCUUUUUUUUGGGGGUCCCAUGGCUUCCUACUUCUUUGGCACGUUCUUCGCGGCUCAUUGGCUCAGUAGGGAAAGGUGGGAGCUGCGCGGGUUUGCUGUGUGGCGCCAUGCAGCGAAGGAGAAGCUCUCAAUUUCUGCUGGUGAUGGCUAUGGCCAUAGCUAGCUGGCAGACCAGUUUUGUAGGCUCAUCGUUUCAGACUGCUGGAGAAAGGGGCGCCAUCGCAAGAGAGGCAGCCAAAAAGAUCUCCUUUAGAGAAGCAGGACAACAAAAGCUGCAGGGGGGUAUCAAUGCUGUCGCAAACGCCGUGAAGGUGACCUUGGGACCAAAGGGCCGCAACGUGGUGCUCCAGCGUGAGUCGUUCCAGGUCCCUCAAAUUGUGAAUGACGGUGUGACCAUUGCCCGAGCCAUCACCCUCCAGGACAAGGAGAUGAACCUGGGUGUCAAGCUGCUCACACAGGCCUCUGCCAAGUCUGAGAGCAACGCUGGGGACGGUACCACCAGUGCUGCGGUUCUGACGCAGGAGAUGGUCAAUGAGGGUAUGCAGUUGGUCAGCAGUGGCUACAACCCAGUCCUCAUGCAGAAGGGCAUGAAGGCAGCCUCAUCUUUCAUUGCCGCUGAGGUGGAAAAACUCGCCAAACCUGUUGAGAGUGGCGAUUUGAAAGACAUUGCCACUGUGUCCGUGGGUGGCGACGAGAAGAUGGGGCAGAUGAUCUCUCAGGCCUUCGAAAGAGUGGGCGACACCGGCAAUGUGGUCAUUGAAGAGUCACAGGUCUUGGAAGACGAGGUUGAGGUAAGCGAGGGCCUGACGCUUGACAGAGGUUACAUUUCUCCUUACUUUGUGACGGAUUCCCAGCGCCUGGUUGCGGAGCUCAAGAAGCCACGUGUGCUGGUGACAGACCAGAAACUGUCUGACGCCUAUGAUAUUUUGACCUUACUUGAGGAUUUGUUGAAGACAAAGCAGCCCAUUUUCAUCAUUGCCGAUGAUGUCACUGGGGAGGCCCUCCAAACCUUGGUCCUGAACAAGCAGCGGGGCAUUUUGGAUGUGGUCGCCAUCAAGGCGCCUGCCUUUGGUGCCCGCAAGACUGCGAUCCUUCAAGACAUUGCUCUGGCCACAGGUGCUGAGUUCAUCAACUCAGAAUUGGGCAUGACCCUGGCAGAUGCCACUGUCGAUCAGCUCGGCACAUGUGAAAAGGUUGUCGUGGAGAAGGAAAAGGCAGUGCUGGUGACCGAUGGCUCCCACGGUGAUGCUGUGAAAGAGCGUAUUCAGCAAUUGGAGCAAUUGCUCGACGAGACAGACAGCAGUUAUGACCAGGAGAAGAUUCAGGAGCGUAUCGCAUCUCUGGGUGGCGGCGUCGCUAAGAUUAAGGUUGGCGGUGCCACCGAGACAGAAAUGAACGACAAGAAGCUUCGCUAUACCGAUGCGAUCAGUGCCGUUCGAAGUGCCAAGGAGAUGGGCAUCGUUCCUGGUGGUGGCAGCGUGCUUCUCUACCUCGGUGCUCACAAAUUUAUUGAGAAGAUUCAGAAGGAUUUGCGCACGGAAGAUGAGAAGAAGGGUGCUGAAUUGGUCUUCAAGUCACUUCAGGCACCGAUCAGGCAGAUUGCGCGGAACGCCGGAGAGGACCCCAGCGAGGUGGUCUUCAACGUUCGUAACAAGGACUUCGGCUAUGGCUACAAUGCUGCCACCAAGGUCUAUGAAGAUUUGCUGAAAGCCGGUGUCGUCGACCCGGCCAAGGUGGUCAUAAAUUCCGUGGUCAAUGCCGCCUCCAUUGCGGGCAUGGUCCUCACCACAGAUGCUGUGACCGACCUGCCCACCACACCAGCACCCACACCUGCCGGUGGCAUGGGUGGUAUGGGUGGCAUGGGCGGCAUGGGUGGCAUGUCUGGGUAUUGAACGGACAUAGUGCCUUUGUGGAGCCUCCGACAGCUUAAGCCGCACGGACUAGCUAGCUGAAAUGCUCCAGAACCAGUGU